UAAUGUAACAGUGAAAUGUGAUCCAGCUGCAUGAUGACAUCACACUGUGGCGUCCACGCAGGAACAUCAGCCAGACACGAGUCCCACACACCCACAGAGCUGAUUGUAAAUCUGAUCACUGUCACUGUUACAGGUUCUUAUCAUUGUUACAGCAGGUCUGACAUCAGUGUUUGGUGCAGAUAAUUAUUAUACAUUAAUAUGUUUCCAUGACUGCAGACUGUGACUGAAAUGUAAAUGAAAACAGGUUUUCAGUUUGCUCUGCUUUCAGAGCUUUAAUGGAACAGAAACACACGUGGAGAUGAAGGGUGUGAACUAUGAGCUGAUCCCACAGCAACAGAUGAUGCUGUGGUCAUGUGACCUGACUUCCUGUUUCUCGAGCAGCUCUCCGUCAGACUGAGUCAGUUUGUCUGGAGAACUUAGAAACAUGGCUUCAUCCUUCCUCUGCCUCCUCUUCAUCAGCCUCAGCACAGCAGAUGGAUUCAUGACUUACAGACUGUCUCGCUGUGACUUUAACUCCACUGAGCUGAAGGACAUCCAGUUCACCGACUCUUACUAUUACAACAUGAUAGAGAUCAUCAGGUUUGACAACGUGUCAGUGGGAUUAUGGAGGUCCUCGAAGUAUGCCUUCCACUGGCUGACAAUGUCCUCAGUCGAAGUCAGCAGCACUCCACCCGCAUUAUUAAUGUGCACUGUGCCUUUUAAAUAAAUGCAUUCAAAUUAUACAGAGAACAUUAAUGAUAAUAAUACAAACUAAUAAUGUCUUGUAGCUCCGCCCACUGUCAAACUUCACUCCACGAUGCCUCUCUCCAGUCACCAUCCUGCCAUGUUGGUCUGCAGUGUCUAUGACUUCUUUCCCAGUAAGAUCAAAGUGAGCUGGCACAGAGACGGACAGGAAGUCACCUCUGAUGUCACUUCCACUGAGGAGAUGGAGGAUGGGGAUUGGUACUACCAGACCCACUGCUACCUGGAGUACACACCCAGGUCUGGAGAGAAGAUCUCCUGUGUGGUGGAGCACGCCAGCCUGGAGAAACCUCUGAUCACUAACUGGGAUCCCUCCUCAUCCUCAUUCAUGCCUAAGACAGAGAGGGACAAGCUCGCCAUCGGCGCCUCAGGACUGCUCCUCUGUCUGAUCUUGUCUCUGGCUGGGUUCAUCUACUACAGACAGAGAGCUCGAGGUCGUAUCCUGGUUCCCACAAACUGAGGCUGUUCCUGGUCCUGGUUUUCUUUGAUGUUUUAAAGUCAGCUGCUUCCUGUGUUUAGCAGACUGAUGAUGGUGUAGCCAACAUGUCAGCUCACCAAAGAAUAACUGAAACAAUAUCUGUAACAAAAGAAGAAAAUGUAUUCAGGGUCUGACUGCAGUUUACCAUCUGUGCUUAAUAUCUUAUAGAGCAGCGGUCCCCCAACCCCGAGUCGUUUGGUACCGGGCUGUGAGAGUUGAGGUUCUGGUGUAAAAUGUAUGGUUUUCAGGGUUUUCAGGGUUUUUAACGGUUUUUAGCGUUAUUUUUGUUUUUGUCGUUAACUCGGUUUUUGUGGGUCUUUAAACGCGUGUUAUGAAUAAGUCUUCUUUUUUCGUUAGCGGUACUAAUUUUCUUUUGUGGUAUUUAUUUGCGACACCUUAAAGGCCGGUCCGUGAAAACAUUGUCAGGCAUAAACCGGUCCGUGGCGCAAAAAAGGUUGGGGACCGCUGCCAUAGAGAUUUCUGGAUUGGAGCAUGUCAUCCUUCAGGACUCGCAUCCACUUUACAGUUUACUUUUUGACCAUGGGCCUGCUGACACAAGCGCUCUUUAAAUAACUGUGACUCAGUCAUUGUUUGUGCUAGGAAGAGCAUGUGAAUGGUUUUGAAAAGAUGAGAAGCUGUUCUUUACGGGAUAUUUGGUGUAUUACGGUAGCACAAAGCGUUCACAGGCUACUGCAGUCUGAACACAGAAAAGUCAACUCUGCUUAAGUUUUACCGUCAGUGUUUUGCAAUGCUGUAGCUCCUCAACCAACUGGGCUAGAGAGACAUUUCAAAGACCAGCUUUACUAAAGUUUACUGUGCAUCACUAGAAAGCACGAGCAGCCACAGUCCAAUCACAGAUAAGAACUGAUGAUUGAUGAUGAUGAUGCAUGGAGCAGAGAGGCAGGAAUGGAGAAGUGGCAAUGCACAAAAAAAGACCAGGAGAUUUAAAAAACUCCAAUG